AUGCCGGCCAAGUCGUUGUCGCAGGCGCCGGGGAGGGGUCAACCGGGGGCUCCCCAAUCGCGGAUGUCGGAUCCGUCUAGAAACGACGACUCCGGCUCUGGAGCUGAAACUCCUGCCCGCCGACGCCUCCAGAAAGCCGCCUCGACGAUUAACAUGAAUACCUCGAAUAACCUCGAUGCCCAGUCCGUGCGGACUGCUGCGGGACCGCGCUCAGGGGGUAUGGGUCGGAGGAGACUGUCUAUUAGAGAUCAAAAACCUCCUCAGGGGCCCCGGCCGCAAGAUUCUUCACGCUGGAGUAAACCGACCGGUCCCUACUUUCAUUCUGAUCACUCCUCAAUCGACUCGACAAAUGAAUCGGCCAAGGCUUAUAAUCUUAGAUCCACCAGUGUGGGAAAUUUGGCAAAGGAGGCCAACCAGACCCCUCCAGAAAACAUGGAAUUUUUGGCGCCGAUCAACUUCGACGACUUCCACAACAGCAUCAUGGGGGAACCCAGCUUAAACAAUUUCCCUAUGCCUGGUUCCCGUGGUGCGGGGGCUGAAAAUCGCAAUUCGAAUUUGUCCACGAACAGCUCAUGGACAAACCACAGCUAUGAUGGUAGCGUCUCGGAGCGCACGAGGGGUGCUUCAGCCCGCCGGAAGAGCGAGGUAUCGCGGUUCAAUGGAACCCAGCAAGCACCACCGACCGGGCUGUCAACGUCCACUGUUAAUACUCGGGCUCGCCGUCAAAGUCUCAGCUCAGCCCAGCGCGGCCACGCGAGUCUAAGUGCCCGCAAAAUUAUCACCGACCAGCCAACAAGGACCGACUCGAAUAGUUUCCUCCGACCACGGAUGCCCCAAACAGAGCCGGUUCCCGAUGAAUCCAAGGUUUCUUCAUCCGCCCGGAACCUCAAGGCAAAGUCCUUCCAACCUGCUCCUCGCGAGCCACAGGGGACCUACCUAACUGCUUCUGCUACUUCCGACCAUGCACGGUCCUCAUCCACGAAUGCUGUUCGCACGCCGCAAAGAGAACCGUCGGAGGCAUUAGCGACGACACCUUCAUCGUCUUCGAAGCGUGCCUCGAUGAUGCCCCAUGCCACUGGUCUGGGGGCUCGCACAAUCAGUCCCACCGAUGCUCGACGGAUGAAGCGUAUGUCGAUUGCGCCUCCUGCACCUCCUAUGCCACACACACCUCCGGCCCCAACAGAACCUCUUCCCUACCGACCUGUAUCAUCAACACAAUCUCCCUCUUUUCUGCCGAGGAAAAGUGUCACCCCCUCUUCUAACCGAACAACUCCGGACCCGAAUCGCAAAUCCUAUAGUUCCGGGUUGUCGGUUUCAUCAAACACUAGCUAUAACUCGGUUCGCAACUCUGGAAGCUCGCUUCAGCCUCGACUUUCUCAGAAUUUCUCCACCUCCCGCUUGCCGACACCCAAACCUCGCACUGAGCAAUCGACGAAUAAUACCGAGGAAGAAGUACCACCGGUUCCCGCCAUUCCCAAGGCCUACGAAUCACCAAAGGGUGAGCUGGAUGCACCUGCAUUCCCUGCCCCUCGUAAGUCUAGCUUAUCAUCGGAUAUUGGUCUUCUCCAUAUUGCGCGUGAAUCCGACUCGGAAGCAAAUAGUGCGCAGAAUGCCACCGGCGACGAGAAUGUCGAGCCCCCUGUCGGAAGGCCCACGAAGACCCCAGAGGCACGGACACGAACUUCUACAGUGCUUGGUCGCAAGGGCCUGCAACCGCUGAAAUUACCUCCUUUGAAUUUAUUGCCUCUGGGUACGCCCAUGACGGCGAAGAUCGAGGCAUUGAAGGACAGGGAAGCCGAGGAGCGGAAGGCUCAUACGCCGUCCGCUCAGAUCAUGUCCAAGACUCCAACCACCCCAAUGACGGCAUCAAAGGCAAACUUUUGGUAUCGUGACGAGGAUGAAAAGGCACCUUCCACUCAAAUCCGCAGUAGCACUUCUCAUUUUGCUCUGAGCUCUACUACAGCAGCUUUGCGGACAUCUAGCAGCACCAGUGCAUUUGGGCCGACGGAUACGCCGAAUGGAAAUCGUAAUAUAUCCCCAUAUGCAUCCUAUACGCUCCCGAAGAGCGGCCCUGAUUACAAGGCUCUCCGCCACCAGGCUAGUGGAGAUUAUACCAGCCAAGGAUCCCAGUCAUACAAGUUGACAGGUCCACGACCUCAAACGCAGAGUGCCAUCUUCACUCCGGCUGCUGAACGCUUCAAUCAGAUCUCGACUCCGUCAGAGCCGGAGAACGUAACCUCUGCUGUUCCCCAUCCUUCUCUUCGAGAUCGAUUGAACAUAGCCCGGGUGCGCAGCAGUUCCAGGAGCAAACAGUCCGAAGUUGACACUGAUCCGUCCAAGUAUGACAACAUGCCACCACCCAAGCUCCCGGCAUCUGCAACAUGGAACAAUCUUUCGUCUGUACCAUCCACUAGUCCCAGCCUGAAGACAUCUUAUCUCAAGCCCCGUCGACAAUCCUCGGUAUCUAGCAUCACGAAACAAGCGGGUAAUCGUAAACCCAGCGUCAGCAGUGACCGAAGUCUUACUCUGGAGCCAAGCCGAUCUCAUGAAUCGCAUGCCAGCGAUCAAUCCCAUCGCUCUCAUGGCAGCUUUGUCUCUCCAGUUCACAAGAUCAUCAGCUCUGCUCGGUCUAGCGCCGCGGCUUCUUCAUCCGCCGUUGAUUCAAAUGGCGAUGCAGAUAUCGUAAUCGCUGACGAGGAAAUGCGAAGACUUGGAUCUAAGCGGAGAGAUUUCGAAAAAGCAGCCAAGGAAUUGGACGAGUUGCGUCGCAAGGCUGGACCAAAGGACCGUGUCAGUCCUGCUCAGGCCCUCAAGAUGGCCAAUCUGAACAUUUUCGAACGCGGCGAAAUCAUUGAUUAUCGGGAUAUUUUCUUCUGUGGCACUCAGAACGCGAAGAAGCAUAUUGGAGAUCUUCAUUCGGGUGCGGCAAACUUUGGAUACGAUGACGAUCGUGGCGAUUAUAACAUCGUGAUGGGUGACCAUCUAGCAUACCGCUACGAAGUGGUGGACGUCCUUGGUAAGGGAAGUUUUGGACAGGUUGUACGAUGUGUCGACCACAAGACAGGUGCUUUGGUCGCAAUCAAGAUCAUUCGUAACAAGAAGCGUUUCCACCAACAGGCUUUGAUUGAAGUCAAUCUCCUUACCAAACUCAAGGAAUGGGAUCCCGACCGCCGCCACAGCGUGGUCAACUUUGUACAGAGUUUCUACUUCCGCGGCCAUCUCUGUAUCUCCACCGAGCUUCUUGGCAUGAACCUUUACGAAUUCAUCAAGGCGCAUGACUUCCGUGGGUUUAAUCUGAAGCUUCUCCGGCGGUUCACCAAGCAGAUGCUCAGCAGUUUGGUAUUGCUGCACGCCAAGAAGGUCAUCCAUUGUGAUUUGAAGCCAGAGAACAUCCUUCUCGUUCAUCCUCUGAACUCCGAGAUUCGAGUGAUUGAUUUUGGCUCAAGCUGCUUUGAGAACGAGAAGGUCUAUACAUAUAUCCAGAGUCGAUUCUACCGGUCUCCGGAGGUUAUUCUUGGAAUGUCCUAUGGUAUGCCUAUCGACAUGUGGAGUCUUGGAUGUAUCCUGGCCGAGUUGUUCACCGGCUACCCCAUCUUCCCGGGUGAGAACGAGCAAGAGCAACUGGCGUGUAUCAUGGAGGUGUUUGGGCCUCCAGAGAAGCACUUGAUUGAAAAAAGCACACGAAAGAAGCUUUUCUUCGAUUCCUUGGGCAAACCUCGCCUUACCGUCUCAUCCAAGGGCCGCCGACGCCGGCCAAGCUCUAAAGACCUGCGGCAAGCUCUGAAGUGUGACGAUGACGCCUUCCUCGAUUUCAUCUCACGCUGUCUCCGCUGGGAUCCUACGCGCCGCCUCAGCCCCCACGAUGCGUUGAAGCAUGAGUUCCUCACUGGAAUCAAGCCGCAGACCCGACCCAGAAUGUAUGCUGCCACCAACUCCCCUUCCAAGCGGGGUACCCCCUCCGGUGGGCGACCUCUGCCAGAGCCUCCAAGUCUCAAGACUGGGCCGUUCUCUCGCAACCGCGACCCCUCCGGCAAUUCGCCGGUCAAGGGCAGCAGUGGGAAGCGCCAUUCCACCGUGAGUGGGUUACCACCUUCCAGCCCUGCCAAGCGAGGAUCCAAUAGUUCCACGAUCUCCGGUACUGCGCUGCCUCGGGCAUCGGCACGCAGUAUCAGUGGAAAGCCUGACCUUGCGACGGCGGCGGCGGCGACCAGCCUUGUGAGUUAA